AUGAACAAGAGGGAGACGCACAUGCGUUUCACUUUCGCUGACGGUGGUGGUGAGCUCUGAUUGUAAGUCAGAUUUAUUCUAAGCGUGCGACCUCCGAAAGUGAAACUAAAGCUUUCAGUCACGACGAGAGACCAACCCGAAGCUCUGCUCUUUUUAUGAUUUCAAAUCACGAAGAAAUUACACCUCAAAAUCCGGGAAUGACUUCAAAUCCACACAUGUAAAUGUGAUUUACGUUCUUAUUUGGAUCAGAUAUUUGGAUCAGUAUCGGUGUCUUCGCGGACUAAACCUCGAGUUGUUUGAAGGAUAUCUCGCCCUGGAUUCACGAUACAAUGGCCUUCCAGACGGUGCUCACAUGCCUUGUGUCUGGUUUUUGUGCCACACUGUGUGCUGCUGCUCCUGUUUCACAGCUUGGGGUUUUUGCCCAGCCGUCUGUCUCAGUACACAACGGCCACACAACCACAUUACCAUGCUGGCUCAGUCCGUCACAAAGUGCAGAGGGUCUGGAAGUACGUUGGUACCGUGAAGGACAAUAUGAUUCACCGGUCAUGCUUUACCGAGGAAAAAAGUUUGAGUCUGCAUCCCAGAGUGCUUCAUAUGUGGGCCGAGUCUCAUUUGGACCAAAGGAUGCAGCGUCUACCGGCCUGGUGGCAGGUGAUGUGAGCCUGAUGCUGAUAAAUGCCACACUUAAGGAUGCAGGAGAUUACAUUUGUUAUGUGACCAGUGAACGGGGUUAUGACAGUGGAAGUGUCAAGCUCACUGUGACUGAAACGGGAACAACCCCUCUCAUGUCACCAGUGUGGAAAGAAGACAACACGGUGAAUGUGAGCUGUGAAUCUGAAGGCUGGUAUCCAAAGCCCAGUGUGCACUGGUCGGAUCGACAACAGGUUCUGACCCCAAAAAGUCUGACGUACAGCACAGACUCUUCUGGUCUUGUGUCUGUUCACAGCUGGCUUCUGGUGUCCAAAGGCUCUGAGGUUUCCUGCUCAGUAAGUCUCUCUGGUGAAGAGACAAAGGAGGCAAGAAUGCGCCUGGAAAACCGUCCUCUACCUGUGUCUGGAUCUUCAUCUUCGUCUGGAUGGGUGGCCUUUGCUCUUCUCCUCAUAGGCUCAUUGGUUGUAGUAGGCCUACUUCUGUACUUCCUGCACUUCAAAAAGAGAGGGAAGAAAGCCAAGGAAGAAGUGGAUGGAGGAAGGAAGCAAGGAAGUGAUGAGGAGAAUCAGAAACUUUUACCGAAAGAAGUGAUCAAGCCAACAGAUCUAUCAACGGCUAUGACGCAUUACGAAAAUGUUACGCUUGACCAGAGGGGAAAUGAAUAUCUCACAAUCAAGGAUCUUAAACUGAGAGAUGACGUUAAACAAAAAUUUCCUGAUGGAGAGAACGUUACCUGUCUGACAGCUAUCAAAGGAACACCUGGCUUCUCCUCUGGACAACACUAUUGGGAGGUUUCUUUGGUAAAUCCAUAUACAGGCCUCAAACAAUCCUGGUGGCUGGGAGCUACAAGUGCAUCUGACAUCCCUCAGGAGGUGGAUUUUACUCCAACUCCAUCUAAUGGUUACUGGUUCCUGUCUUCCAGAGCAGAUCACUUUCAGUUUAACACAGAACCAAAUGUUGUACUGCCUGUUCAUUCCAGACCGGAGAUUGUCGGUGUGUAUUUGAAUUACGACAGUGGAGAGCUUUCCUUUUAUGAUGUUAAAAAAAACAGUCUCAUUGGAUCUUUAACAACCACGUUCACAGGUGAAGUUUUUCCACUUUUCAAUCCUGGUAAAAAUGACCAAACACCUAUGGAGAUAUUACACAAGUCAGUACAGGGUCAGUCUGAUAACGCGGAGAAUGGAGAUCCGCCUAUCAGUGCUGGUGAAAACGACACAGCACCUGGAGGAAGUACGCAUGACGGGACAGGGUCAGUCUAGUGAUAUGGAGAACAGAAAAUUCAACAGCACAAUAAAUUCAAUCGUAGUAUCAUCAGACAAGUGCAGUAAGAGAAUGAGAUGAAAACACCAGGGUGAUCACCCAGUUGUAUCCAAGUCAUGUAUGCUAUUAGUUAUACAAGCUCAAGUCUAAACCAUUUCAAUAUGAGAUAGUGGUACACUAACUCUGCAUACUAACACUUUUGUGAAGCUCAUAACCAUGUUUGUGUGUGUGUGUGUGUGUGUGUGUGUGUGUGUGUGUGUGUGAUUUUAAUGUAUAAAUUUUUGCUUGGAAAUUUUGAGCUUGUACUUUGCGGUACUUAAAAUACUCUGACACUCAUCUAUAUGGAAAACAUGUAGUUAAUUUAGCAUAAACCCAAGUGUAAAUACAACAAGUAGCCGUUUUUACAGAAUGCAUCCAAGAAAUGAUCUGACACAGACAGCGACUAGCUGUUUUUUAACCUCACGUUUUUGUACUAUCAAUGGUUUUUCUGUUUUAAGACAAAGCGAGGAUAGCUUUGUACUAAGCUAUUUCCUAACUAUCACUACGAAGUACCUGUUAGUCGGACAUAAGUGUAGUUUUUCAUACUUUUUAUCUUGUUGCCUUUGGUUCUGCAGUGUUUGCAACUGAUUAAACUGUAUCUAGUCUUUAUAGCAAAAUAUUGCUGAAACCGUUUUAUAUGUGAAACAUUGCUAUGCUACAAUCAUACACUACACCAAUUUAAUUCAUAUUUAAGCCAUUCACUAAUUAAAAUGUUGUUUAUUUUACUACUCACUUUAAGAUUUUGAGAUUGUAUUAUGUUGUUAAUUAUUAGAGGUGCUGUUUUGUGUGUGUAAUCGUUAAUCUCCAUGGUGUUGCAUGGUGGACACAAGUUACAGUCUGACUAUAGUUUUGUGUACUUUGUGUGCAUCUGAACUGAGGCAGCUUUACUUUCAAGUCAAAAUUAGUUUCAUAUUUUUUGUUCAUAUUUUAUCUCAUUUUGUAAACUUUAGUGAUGAUGUUUAAAUGUAAAAAAAAAAACAAUAAAACAAACAAAUAAAAAUCAGCGUUUUGAAUGAAAUCAAU